AUGGCGAGGUUUUCCUUGCGCCCAAUCUUCCGCCGACUGUCUUCCAAACACUCCGUGGCCGCCGAGAGCAGCGCCAGCGACCAGAGCGAAACCACAAACAUCACCAGCACCUCGCCGUCGCCCGUCCUCCCCGGCUGCACCGCCACGCCCACCGCCCCGCGCAAGUCGUCGUCGCUGGCGAAGCUCAGAGACAAGUUCCGAGCUCAAGACGCGGAUAUCCCGGAGUUUCCUGAGGACCUGCGCAGCGGUAGCGUCCCCAGCCUGAACACUGCUGCCGUGGUGCAGCAGACGCCUACGACUCGGAGGAGGGUGGCCUCAGACCCUGCGGACAAGGUCGAUACCGUGGUGCAGACCGAAGAGCUGGGCAGCAGCAGCGACGGCGCGGAUUCGCCUCGCUCGAAGUCUACACACAACGACCACCCCGACCAACCGCCCGAGUUGAAGUUGGAUGUGGACCAACUGCCCGUGAACCCGCGUCUGGUGGUCGAAGAGCCCACGCCGGACGCUCUAGCACGCGAGUCACGGGCACUGGACAGCUUUGACAUCGUCGGUAGCGCCAAUGCUAAGAUCGUGAGGACGCUCAUCGACGCUCCGCAACGAGCAGAUUCGGCGCCAGCCAGUGCCAGCACCGGUGCCUUGCCCACUGGCGACGGCCUGAACGAUUAUUUUGCGUCUAGCAUACCGAACAUGGCCGCGAUGUUGCAGCGCAAGAUCUGGGUCAAGCGGCCAAACGCAUCAGCAACGCUUGUCCAGAUUCGAGAAGACGAUCUGGUAGAUGAUGUGAGGGAUAUGAUACUGCGAAAGUACGCCAACUCCUUGGGCAAGACCUUCGAUGCUCCGGACAUGACACUGUCUAUCGCUGCUCGAGCGGAUCAUGCAGGCCCUCGCAGCAUACGGAUGCUUGGUCCAGAAGAGGAGAUUUGCAGGACAAUAGAUUCGUACUACCCUGGAGGGCAGACGGUGGACGAGGCGCUGAUCAUUGAUGUGCCGCAAAAGAGGACACCCCGACCAUCGCCACGGAAUGUUCAGUAUCAAUCCUAUCACCCUAUGGAGGACCUGAGGCCGCACGAGAACGGAACGGACUACUUCCCACCCAUGCCGGCUAUGAUACAACCCACGCUGCCACACACAGUACUCCAACCCAACGCUCGCGAUCAUCAUCACUCCAUUGUCGCCGCUGACCAUCCAAGAUCGAUAUCAGUCCUAAACACUGGCCAGAUACCGCCUCUGCCCUCACCCGGUGGCAGGAACAGAGGCCAUCGAGCCGAGAGGGAACACAGACCUAAAUACACCCGACAGCACACUUCAUCGCCUACUAUCAUCACUCACAGCAGCACAGCCGCUCCACCUAGCAGUGCCACUAACCCACAACCUCCUACACACCUACCACACCGAGCUUCUAAUAGACCUCGCGUCGAUUCGACUGCUUCCGAGCACCACCAUCCUAACGGCCUGGCAUCAGCGCCGCCUCUUCCCACACCUCCAGCGCCAGACUCAGUACCGAUGGGACGAACCAGCUCCAAUCCUGCCACGCCCUCGAGCGGUGUGCCCAACUCAGCACACACACAUCGCUCCUCUCGGCCGAAAAAGCAGCGUAAACCAACUCCUGACAGACCAAGCUCGAGACGUAGCGGUCAAAUCACAACCGACACUUGGGCCCCCAAUCCAACGUUGCCAAAUGUGUCCAGCAUGCUCGAUGGAUCUGUCCCGCCAAUCAACGUCCUGAUUGUGGAGGACAAUAUCAUUAACCUCCGUAUUCUGGAGGGUUUGAUGAAGAGGUUGAAAGUGCGAUGGCAGACGGCGAUGAACGGUCAAAUUGCUGUGGACAAGUGGAAGCAAGGAGGAUACCAUUUGGUUUUGAUGGACAUUCAGAUGCCGAUCAUGAACGGGCUGCAAGCCACCAAAGAGAUUCGAAGGUUGGAGAGGAUAAAUGGUAUUGGCGUCUUCUCCUCGUCUGCCCCUACCAGCCCUGCCGAGAAGGGAGAAGGAGCGGAUGGAAAGGGCAAGGAGAAGGCCCACAAUCCCGAGGACGACAGGCUGGCCAAGGGCGAAGGGCUGUUCAAAUCACCGAUCAUUAUCGUUGCGCUCACGGCUUCGUCCCUGCAGUCCGAUCGACACGAGGCCCUAGCAGCUGGAUGCAACGAUUUCUUGACCAAGCCGGUUAACUUCGUCUGGCUUGAACGUAAAGUCAAGGAGUGGGGAUGCAUGCAGGCGCUGAUUGACUUCGAUGGUUGGAGGAGAUGGAAGGAUUACGCAGCCAAGGAGGAGGAGAGCAAGUCUGAAGAGCAGAAACAGAAAGAGAGGGAGAAGGAGGAGAAGGAGCGCAUCAAAAUGGAGAAGAUGGCGAAGCUGCAAGAAAAGCAGAAGCAAAAGAAGGAGGAGGAUCAGAGGAAGAAACGCGAGAGCCUAGAAGCGUCUGGUGCUGUCAAGGCCAUCCCCGAGGAGCCUGCUUCUGUAGCAGCUUCAUGA